AUGGAGGUUGACGAGCAAUCCUCGACUCCCCGUCCUAUUGCUGCCAGUCAAGCGGUCUCACCGACUGCCCCCGUCCGCGCACUAUCGGCGACGCCGACGAAUCCUUGGCCCAAAAAACUGCCCCCAUACAUUUCCCGCGGGAACACCGACCUUCCAGUACCCCCUCAUACGAAGAAGGUCAUGAAGAAGAUCAAAGCCGGCUACAAGGCUGUAUAUACCGAUAUUGUGAUCCAACCGAGCACGGACGCCAACCCGCGAUGGCUCGUCAAGUGCCGCCUCUGCACCCCUACCGUCUGGUUUUCAGCGCCCGUCAUAGUGAUGCAGCGGCUGACCGAGGGGCUCGCCUUGCGAGGAAGCCCGGCUCAAUCGCUCUUCGCAGAUGGCCCCUGGCUCCUCGGCGUCGAGCUCAACGCUUACACCCUCGGCAGGCACCAGUCCAGCUCGCGAAAACCAUCGACGGAGCGGCUCGUUCUCAAGAGCUCGGCGCACAGUCCAUUGGCGAAAACAAUCGCUUCUCCGAAGAGCGGAUUCGCCAGUUGCUGGAACAAGCUCGCAUAUUCGAAACCCGGUUUUAGGCAAGGCCUGCCCACAGCACGACUACUCAACAGCCAUCAGUCACACAGCUUCCGCAAUUAUGUGUACAUCCCUCCAGUGCCCGUACUAAACCAGCCGUCCAGUCGCAACAUGUGCCACCUUCUCCCAAAGUCUCCUCUUCCCAGCCCGCGAAGAAGGCGUCCACUACUAGUGCGCGUGUACUCGAUCCUCGGGUUCCCCCGUCUUCCCCAGCCUCAUCCCUCGGGCAUCUACAUUGGCCAUUCAUCAGCCGUCCGCGACUCGGUGACCGUUGAGAGACUCCCGCCCGCGUCGCGCAAGCCUCCACUCAAGUACCCCCUGGCGUUCCCACCACGCCCCGCUCUUCAUCAUCCGCGUACAACCCUCACCUCCCCUGUGGGAACGCCGGUCUAG